AUGACAGAUACCUCCCCAGUCGCCACCACGCAACCAAUCACGGAGCCAUAUCCGGUCACCGUCCCUCUGAACUCGCCGGUCGUCAACGGCGCCGUUUCCGACUCCGCCGCUCCUGAGGAGGAGGAGCCGUAUACCAUCAAAUGUAUCUGCUCUUUUGAAGAUGACGAUGGGAACACGGUCUUCUGCGAGGGAUGCGAGACCUGGCAGCAUAUCGAGUGCUACUACCACGGUCAGGACGUGCCAGAGGUCCACAACUGCGCAGAUUGUGAACCCCGUUCGCUGGACGGCCGGCGCGCUACGGAGCGGCAACGACGCCUUAGAGAGCAGAGUGAUGGCGGUGACCGCAAAGCCAAACGUUCUGGCGCAAAGGCUCAGAAGAAGAAACCGAAGGAGCAUGGUGACCAGGUGAAUGGUUUUCACAACCGAUCCGAGUCUGGUUCCCGAGACCAUCAUCCCUCUAAAAAGACCAAAACCAACCAUCGCGCCUCGGGCUCGAUCAGCUCAAUGUCCGGCCUUCCCUCCCUCCAGCCAGACGCCCGGAAGCGUUCUGCUACCUCGAUGAGCCCUACUAAACCGUCCGGGCCUUCAAUCCCCCUCUAUUCAAAUGAGUUUCUUCACCUGUAUGAACGUGACCAGGGGCAUGCCAACAUGGACAGUAAUCUCUUUGUCAACCUCCCCCUUGCUGCCGACUUGGCGUCGUGGGUGACGGAGCCCAGUGCGCUGGCUCGUGUCGCGAACGGUCGGUCGGCGCAGGACAUCUUCACCUGGUCGGGGGCUGACAUUGACCGGUCUCGAUGGCCGUCGCUGUCUACAGAAUCCAUUACCGAUUCCCUCGUUGAAGUGGAUGGCAAACACCCGACCUGGAAGAUCCUCAAGACAGAAAAUCGCGUGUCCAAGGACGAGAUCGUCGGAGAGAUCACAGGAAAGAUAGGACUGCUUCGGGAUUAUUGCCUAGAUCCAAGUAAUCGUUGGCAAGAACUCCGACACCCGGAGCCGUUCGUCUUCUUCCAUCCUCAACUCCCCAUUUACAUCGACAGUCGACAUGAGGGUAGCAUUCUUCGCUACGUUCGGCGCUCCUGUCGACCUAAUGUGACCAUGAAAACUUACAUCACUAAUGAGGUGGAGUAUCAUUUCUGUUUUGUCGCCAAGGAGGACAUCGCUGCCGAUUCGGAGAUCACCGCCAUGUGGUACUUAGACCCACAACUCUUCGAGUCCACGAAUGGUGUUGUCAAACAGGAGUCCAGUGACAAUUCGCAAGACCUGGCCGCCAUCUGCAUUAGCAAUGUGCUGGCUCAUUUUGGCGGAUGCGCUUGUAACACAUCGAUGCCCUGCCUGUUGUCCAGCGUGGAUCGCCGACGGUACCCCAAAGCAUUGGAUCCCAGCGCCAAACAAGCCGCCGCUGCCAGGCGCAAGAAAACGAAAAGCAAGUCCAACAUCUCACCGCCGGCCACGAACAGCCGUGCUGGCAGUGAGACCACAAAGAACGUGGAAGAAGAGGAUCCGGCCGAAAGCCGCUCGGCGUCCGGCUCUGCACGAGGUCACACCCAGAGUCGCGAUCUGACGCCGACUUUGCAGACCCCUACGGAAGGGAAUGGCUUUGGGGACACGGAGCUGUCUGCACGUGAGAAGCGGAAGAUCGCGGCGGCCGAGAAAAAGUUCCAACAAUUGGAGCAUGAUCAGCAAACGUCGCACAAACGGAAGAAGCGUGCCAGCGGCCCAACCACUCAGACGACACCUGGGUCUCACGACCGACAAUCCCACUCGCCUCCGCUGACCACUUCAACCGGGCUGACGUCCCUGGCACGUCACGGAUCGCCACGGAAAACAUCUGGACAAAGCAAUCCCCCAAUGCGCUCGCCCAGUGGUCGCCAGCCGUACGUGGACUCUGCCAUCCAAACCGAGCCGGACAUUAGCGAUGGACGAUCUCUGCCUUCACUGUCAUCCCCUCGACGACCCAGCUUCGUGUCGCUCACCCAGCGACUGCUGAAGCGGUGCUAUUCGGAUCGUGUACGGCUGGAACAAAGUCAGCAAUCACCCAUAUCGCCUUCUCAGCAGAAUCUCAUCCCACAUCUUGCCUCACCCUCUUCGAGUCCCCAUGGAGCGCCUCCCACUGCCACAACCCCCAGUGUGUCCGGUGAGAAGGAAGACGUGGAGAUGAAAGAUGUGGAUUCGCCUCUGGGACUGUCUCCAGCGCAGCAACAACCACGCGAUGUAGAAUCUUCGCCAUUGUCAAGCCGAAGCUCUGUCAAACCUCCGUUGCCGCCUCCGUGGCCCUCAACAGCGGCCCACAAUGCGCGACUACCUGGAAGCAGCAGGGUUGGUGGUCAGGCUGAUGCUCAGGGCCCUGCAACCGUGCCAUCCACGGGUCCAAACUCGGCCGCCCCAUCGGUUCUCUCAUCCCCACCUACCUUGGACCCUCCUCAACACAACGCGGCGGCUCCUGGCUCUGGCGUAACGGCACCCAGCCCCGCGAAGAAGAAGCUCAGCCUAGGCGAUUAUUUGAUCCGAAGAGGAACUCUGACAACGCCGACCUCUGAGAAGCCUCCUACUCCGGUCACCGCGAUGCCGCCGCCGAAUUCGCCACCUAGUCAUCCCCCGGUGAAUCACGAAGCUGCAACGACUCCUGUGGAAAUUCCACGUGCUAAGGAUGAGACGACGAGUUAUGGAGGUACAGCCAAACCUGACGCUAGUUCUCCGGAUGUCGCCAUGAAGGAUGUUCCCGAGUUGACACGUCCGUCACAACUUCCACCUCUUUCAUAA